GUCUAUUCUAUGCUGAUUCAGGCCAAGAGACGAGCGAGUCUUUGUCCGCCACAACUGGACACUGAAUCCAUACCAUUCCGACGGAACAGUUAUCGUAAUGGAGAGGUUUGGACGCCAACUGACUUCAAGAAUAAUAAAAAGAAGGAUUACAUUCAAAAGCUUGAAGUUAUUCGACAAAACUCUAACUUUAGUUCAACCAAUACGAGUCCAGAAUUAGUGACAAGAAAGACAGCGAACACAUUGUUAACGGUUCCCAAUGAAAGCGACUUAAAGCAUAUGAAAAAGAAAAGCACGGAUUAUAAGCGGAAUAUUAGUAACGAAUCGAUUGAAUUCAUUGACAUUGAAAGGAUGAGUCCAAAAGUAGUGGCAAACGAAUUAACACUAAUCGCGAGGCAAUUGUUUUUAUCGAUGAAAAGCACAGAAAUCAUAGCUCUAUUGAUUCGUCCGCAUUCUAUAAGCCCU